AUGUCAAACAUUAAGUUUAUUUAUCUCAAGAAAAUUCACAAAGUACCAUCUAAUGUUACUCAUUACUAUGAUUUAAUUGAAACCAUCAAGAAUACUUAUAAAUAAUUGAACUAAAUACAUUUAUUUGCAAUCAUAAAUCCAUGUAUAUUUUUUAAACUUAAAUUAAUAGAAAAUCCUGAAGCAGUCACUGAAAUCAAUUCAGAUGUUACUUUUUUAUAGUUAAAACUAUUUUAUCAUUAAUAAGGAUGGCCUUCCAUUAAAUUACUUGUUACAGAAACUCAAAAUUAUUAAGAGAUUUUAAAAGAUUCAUGGAAUUUAUUAAAUCAAAGUAUUAUAACAACAGAUAAGAAGAAUCAAGAUGCUUAAACCUUCAUCUAACCUAAUCAAUAAGAUUAGUGCCAAUAAUUUAAACCAUUAUUAGGCAAUAUUGGGUAAUUUUAUUUAAUUAAUAAUACUAGAACUUAAGCAAAGGUUUAAUAAAUUGAUAAUGCUUAAAAUACAAAUAAAAUAGAUUAUAAAAAUAAUGAAUAACUAAAAUAACUUAUAGAUGAAAUUAUUGAUUAAAAGUUAACAGAAUUAGGUUUAUUAAUAAAAGAAGAAAAAAUUGAUCCAAAUAAUUAUAAAUUUUAAUUGAUUACUAAAAUUCCAAAGUUUACUAGCAUUCAAAAUAAGAAUCUUAAUCUUUGUUUAUAAUUGAAAAAUACUGGUAAUAAGAAUUGGAUUAAUCCAUAUAUAACAAAUAAAGGAUUAAAUGUUACUUAAAGAUUUAAAGACCUUGUUCCAGGUAGUAUUGCAUCAAUUAAGAUUUCAAUUCCAUACAUUGCUCAACAUUUCAUAAACAAUGACUAAUUUUGUUAUAUUUUUGAAGUAAAUAAUUAAUUCUAAAAAAUUAGAUAUAUGUUGAAAAUGAAAACGGUUAAUUAUGUUUAGUUAAUGGUUAAAUUCCAGUAAGAGUUAAGGCUCCAGCUAAGAAUCCAUUAACACCAUAAGAAGAGAAGAUUUAAAAAUUAUUGGAACUCUUUCCAUAAAAAGGUGAAUAAUAUAUAAUUAAAUAUGUUGAGUAAAAAGGGAAACAUAAAACUGCUGAAUAAUUGAUUGAAGAAAUAUUAUUGUAAAAUAUAUGA